AGGUAUAAAGGAAAAGAAAUAAAUUAAACACUAUAAAGCUAGUGGUUGAAUCUCGAAAAUGGAUGUUGAGCAGCUACGACUCAUUGAAGCUAGAAAAUAUGCAUUUACAAAUUGCAAUGACAGUAGUCAUGUUUGCCUUGUUUGGUCCUGUUAUCCUAUCCGCUUACAAGACUUCAAAAAUUAUAGGUUGGCAGGUCUAUAAAAAGAUUGGAAGUAGUAUUGAACUGCAAAACAUGUACAAUAUAGUUCAAUGGUUUGCACUCUUGCUGAAAAUCGAUAUUUUUUUUGAAGUGUUUAUUAUGAUCUGUACUGCCAUUGUUACAAGUGCUUUCAAUUACCGAAUUUUAUGCUGUAUUAUGGUGCCCGUGUUGAUUGUAUCAUUGAUACUUGCCAGAAUUGCGAUUACAAAAGAAAAUCAUGGGAUGAUGUUUAUCUUUUUGUUCUCGCAAGUUAUCUUGUUUGCCAUGAAUAUCUAUAGCUCCAUUGAACUGUUAAGAUACUCUCCAGAAAAUCAAUGGUUUGCAGGCAUUUCUUAUGUUUUUGCUUCCAUGAUUUGUAUUUGUAUAUCUAUCUACUUGGCCAUACGCUGUCUCCUCAAUUUUGGAAAAGGUCUCAAGCCCUUUGUCAAUUGGAUGCCCUUUCAAGGCACUAAAAAGCACAUGGAAGAACCACCUCAUUACUCAGUAGAAUCAGGCCUUCUAGGAACAACAAAAAAUGAAGAUAGACAACCAAUCGAUGAUGACGAUGAUGAUUUCAAAUCUAUGAACGAAAAGAAUGAUCACACUCCUUUCCAGUCUCCUCCUCUUCAAGCAAGUGCACCACCUAAUUACUCGGCCAUCUCGCGCACUUCCCUAGAACGAGUCGAAUCGAAACCUCCUAAUAUUUAUAAAUUGGACUCAAUCAAAAUUAUCUCAUCGUCCAUGUCGGAUAAACCCCCACGAUUGACAUUGAAACCAGUACAAAAAGAUACGCUUGUUCUAUCGCCUAUAUCUACAAGCCCAGCUGUGCUGAGAGCUGUAAACAGGGACGAUAGCUAUGACGAUAUCCCAUUAUCUUCUGCUACCAUAUCUGGUUUGAAUGAUUUUGCCAUAGCCAAAAACUCAAUUGAAAUCAUGCAAAAUAAAUAAUUUUAAUGUUUACUCGACUCUACUUUUUCUACUACUUUAUGACAUAUUUGUUGAAAUAUAGGGAAUAAGUUUGAUUUUUCAAACAUGUUCACAUA